UGGAGGAGGGCGCGGGUAGGGGCCGGGAGGCCGGCGUCGCUCGGCAUCCCGGGCGUGCGCACAGAAGGCGGCGGCGGAAGGGCCGCGGCGGCCUGCUGCACUUCGGGGGUCCGCAGAGCCUCCGGCGCCCGCAUCCUCGCCGCCCUGCUUUCCCCUCCCCCACGGGCCGGUUUUGUUCUAUUUCGAGGCUCUGGCGGCUCGCGGAGGAUUCUGGGAGACGCUGAAGUGGGAUCCGGCGGUUCUCGCGCACCACCUGCUGGGAUUUGUAGUCCCGCUGGUCCCGGGCGGAAGUGCCUGUCCAGUGUGGCGGGGUGGCUCUGGGGCCUCUGCGUUCCUUCCUGGUGAAUGCUGGGAAGAGGACGGCCGAGUUGCUGGGGCAGGCUGGGCUCGGCGCCGUGAGGCGGGAGGUCGCUGAAGACCUGGAUCCCGCCGAGUGCCGGAUUGCACAUUCCACGAGCUUGGUGCAGUACAAAGUAAAAGAAAAAGCAGUUUCUGUUACGUAGAAAUGCGUGAGCUGUUGAUAGAGUCGGCUCCAGGAAUAAGAACAAAUAACUUGGAUUUUGUUCUCAGGCCAUCCCACUCCUAUCUAUCUAUAUGACCUGUCAGUUUGAUACAGCAUUUUUUCUCAUCCUUUGUCUUCACCUUGACUGGUUUCAGUAAGGCUUUCUUAAGUUUCUGGUUUUUUGGUUCUUGGCCCUGAUUGAUUAAACAGUAGCAGUAGACUUAAGAGUCUCUAUGUGCCCGUGGCACGGUUUUGAUUUUGCAAAUACCAAAAGGACCAGAAAGUAGUUCAAAUUUCCCCGAAGGAAAAGUUAGGGAAGCUGACUGAGGAAAAAAGACUCCUGUCCACUGAGAAUUGAGUACUUUUGAGGAAAACAGGGUAUUUCUCUGAGGUGUAUACCUUGCCUCCACUGCCUUUUCCUGAAGUAUUGUAACAGGAUGUCUGCACAGUCAGUGGAAGAAGAUUCAAUACUUAUCAUCCCAAAUCCAGAUGAAGAAGAAAAAAUUCUGAGAGUGAAACUAGAGGAGGAUCCUGAUGGUGAAGAGGGAUCCAGCAUUUCCUGGAACCAUCUCCCUGACCCGGAGGUUUUCCGGCAGCGGUUCAGGCAAUUUGGAUACCAGGAUUCACCAGGACCUCGAGAGGCGGUGAGCCAGCUCCGAGAACUUUGCCGCCUGUGGCUCAGACCAGAGACACACACAAAGGAGCAGAUACUGGAGCUGGUAGUUUUGGAGCAGUUUGUUGCCAUCCUACCCAAGGAGCUACAGACUUGGGUUCGAGAGCAUCACCCAGAGAAUGGAGAGGAGGCAGUGGCUGUUCUAGAGGACUUGGAGAGUGAGCUUGAUGACCCUGGUCAGCCGGUUUCUCUCCGUCGGCGGAAACGGGAAGUGCUUGUAGAAGAGAUAGCAUCUCAGGAAGACGCUCAGGGACUACAGAGUUCUGAGCUGGAUGCUGUAGAGAACCAGCUCAAGUGGGCAUCCUGGGAACUCCACUCUCUGAGGCACUGUGAUGAUGAUGCCACGACAGAAAAUGGAGCACUGGCUCCAAAGCAGGAGAUCGCUUCAGCGGGAGAGUCUCACGAAGUCCCCGGCACUCUCAAUAUAGGUGUUCCCCAGAUUUUUAAAUAUGGAGAAACCUGUUUUCCCAAGGGCAGGUUUGAAAGAAAGAGAAAUCCUUCUAGAAAGAAACAACACAUAUGUGACGAAUGUGGGAAACACUUCAGUCAGGGCUCCGCCCUCAUUCUUCAUCAGAGAAUCCACAGUGGGGAGAAACCGUAUGGAUGUGUUGAAUGUGGAAAAGCCUUCAGCAGAAGCUCCAUCCUUGUGCAACACCAGAGAGUCCAUACUGGAGAAAAACCCUACAAAUGUCUUGAAUGUGGGAAAGCUUUUAGCCAGAAUUCUGGGCUCAUUAACCAUCAGCGGAUCCACACUGGGGAGAAACCUUACGAAUGUGUGCAGUGUGGGAAAUCCUAUAGUCAAAGCUCAAACCUUUUCAGACAUCAGAGAAGACACAAUGCAGAAAAACUUUUGAAUGUUGUGAAGGUUUAAGAAAUUAGGAGGAAACAAUCAGCACUCAGGUCUUUUUCUUCAGAAAUGAAGACAAAAUUAAAAACAUGAAGAGAUAUGGAAACUUAUUUUUCCCUGUUGACUGGGAAAAUCCACUGGGAAAUAGAAAAAAAAAAAAACAAACGAACUUCAUUCACCAUUAUUAUCUUGAAAGAAAUGGUGUUAUACCUGCCUAGAAACUGAAAUUUUAAAUAAUUCAGGUGUUAAUACCUAAAUUUUUCUUGUGAAGUUUAUAUUCUCUUUUUUUCUCCCCAAGUAAUGAGCUACCUGGUUCUUUGUCCCUUUCCUUUUUCAGACAGCUACUUUAUUUCUGUGUUGGUCAUUGCAGUGUUGUUCUGUAAGGGUGCACACGGUUUUAUUUUAAAAGGCAACACAGGAAUUGUAAAAUCUAAAGCCCAUCCUCAAGACUCAGAAACAUCCCUUAAAGCUUAGUUUCCUUUUGUUCAGGAUGAGUGUAUUUGAGAAAAUAGAAGAUAAAGGCCAAAGCCUCAGACUCAGAUGAGCCUUAAGAUCUCAGAUGAGAGAUGGUAGCAAAACUUCAGAGAGUGGAGGGGACACACUGGGCACUUACCCAGUGAAGCAUGUCACGUAGGUACAGUCAUCCUGUAGGAAAACUGGAAAAGAAAAGGGAUUUUACCUGACUUGUGGGAAUCUUACUAAUGAAAGUGGUUUUCCUGUGUAAAGACAGAGAGUUGUAAAAGUGAUGGUAAGUCGGACACUAAGGAAGAGUGUAGUGAUGUUGAAAGGCAAAUGUAAAAUUAGGUAAUUACAUGACCUGGCUUUUAGAAAACCUCAGACAUCUAAUUCAUUUGCCUCAUGCUAGUUAAGGACAGGACAUUCCUUGAUGGGGUGGGUAACAAUAUCAGGUUUGCUAUUUUUAUUCCUUUGGUACAAAAGGGUUUAACACCAGGCUAAAACAGCCAUACAUUUAUUAUUAAACAUUUCUACCGACAAUGCACUGUGCUAGGUACUGUAAUCCUGCCGUAAGUAGGUAGGUAUCUGUUCCACUGUAAGUCAUAAGGGAUUUCCCCAUCAGCAUUCCCAGGUCGCCUCUGAGAGCCCCAGAGUUGUAGUUCUCUUGCCAGUGUGCUGUGUUUGGAGGGAGAUGUCGCUCAGAGAGUUAGCUAGUCAGCUCUUAGUUAGCAUUCUUCAGCGGUGAGCUCAAGUCACACUCUUUUACUUUGAAAGUUAAUGAACCUUAAAAAUCCAAACAUUUCUAGUAGCAUUGUGGUUGUAACUACAUGCUGGAUGGACUGUACUUUAAACAACUAAGCUAUUAAUAACUAGUUUAUUAGUUGUCAGGAUUGAUUUAUUUUAAUUUACAGUCUUAACACAUUUUUUUAAAAAUUUAUUAAAAGUAAUAAUUUUAGUAGUAGGAUUCUGUAUGCCUGUAUACUUGGCUAAGAACCCAAGUACUGUGGUCCUACUGUUUAAUGGAAAACUCUGGAAGGUAAAGCAUUGGAUACAAGAGGCUUUUUAUGUAAGACAGGCACUGUUACAUGGAAAACUAUCCAUGCAAGUACAGAUAUUUCAUAGUUCCAGUGAUUUGGGUCAUAUCUGGUGCUUUGUCAAAUUUUAACGUGAAAAAUUAGAUUUUUGCCUGAGCCUGUUGAAAAGCAGUAAUAAAUGCCACACAGCUAGUGAAGUGAGGCCGAAUGAAGCUUGUUCAUGAUUUUCUGAUAACAAUUAUAAGAAAUGUGCUUUAUAGAUUAAGAUUUAUUGAAGUAUAAAUAUGUAGUAAUGCUAUAAUGUAUUUUUAAGUUAUACAAGAAAAUGUAGGGACUUUUGUUUGGGUUUUUCUCUGUGGCUAAGAGGAAACAAGUUAAUGUCCAAUAAAGCUGCAAACUCCUCUGCUCUAAGAUAAAGUAGCUUGGAAUUGCCUUACUUAUUUAUUAACGACUGGCUUCUUUCCCAGUAGGAUUUUGAGUUGGCACAUUUAUAUAAAGCCUGCAGGGAUAACAGAACUCUGAGGGUAGGUAACCUCUGGGUGGAAUGUCAGCCUUAACAAUUUUAGGAUAGAUUUGUCUCCAAGGCCAAAGCUGCAUAGUGAUGUGAAAGCACGGAAGUAGCAUUAGAGUUGGUGAACAUAUGAAGUCAGUCUAUCAGCUCUGACACUGUGUUCCUGUUGAGAAGGAAGCUCAGACAAGGCUCUGUGGGGAGAGGGGACUGGGCUAAAACCCUGGUGGUUUACAGGAAAAGGACGCCGUGGGCUUUGUAUUUAACCGACUCUGCUUAACCAGUUAAUUUACAGUUAGUGGUUGCUGACUUCAACUAUCAGCACACAUAUUUUGGGAGGUAGACAGUAAUGAAGUAGGCUGGUAACAGGUGCCAAGCAGCGGCCUAGCUAGCACCUUUCAGGUUAGCAAUUCUGUUAGGGCAUGCAUACUAACUGACCCAACAGUCUGUUUAGUGGCUUUUAGUGAUUUAAAUAAUCACAACUAGUUGAUGUUUGACCAUUGCAGCCUGUGUGAGUUUAGGGGAUGUUUUCUAUACUGAAACAAUUUGCUUGCUAAGCAUUGGAUUGGAAUGAAUACUGAAUCUCGCCUAGAACUGUGGACUAGAAAAAGGACCCAAAGAUAAUGUGACUUGGACUUGGCAGGGCUACAACUCGCAAGGCCAGGUUUUUUGAUUGGUCUGUUGAGAGUGAUGGCAUAAGUGAAGUCCUGCUUAGUAAGCACUACAUUUUUUUUUCCUAGUUAACAAGCUUGAAAAGCUAUUAUAUAUGCCCAUUUGAAUUUUUCACAGUGCAAAAACAAAAGACGAAAAAGACAUCAGAUUUAGCCAGAAAUUGUGAUAAUUGGGUUUAUUAUCCUUCCAAAUUUAGCUCUGUACGUGUUUAAGCAAACAUGUUUUAAAAUAAUAGCUGGCCUUUGGGGUUGAGUACAGGCUCCCACUACAGUGCUUUACUGUGCUUUAAUCCUCCGCAAACCUGAGAUAGUAACAUAUCUCCAUGGCACAUCUGUAGUGAGACUUGCUUUCACUCCUUACACUGAUGUGGACAUUUUCAUUCCAUUGCAUGAAAACACUCACAGUCCAUCUAAGCAACCCCAUAGUGAUGGGUUAGUAGGUUCUUUAUACAUAAUAGAUAUGGAUGACAUCUAUAGACAUACAUUUACUACCUAUGUAGUUGGGUCUGUAAUACAAAUAACUAGAAAUGGAUUUAUUGGCUCACAAAAUAUAUAUUUGACAUUUUGGGGGGAACUACAGCUUAUACUACUAACUCCAUUGGUAGUAAUACCCGUUUGCUCCACUCCUGUCAGUGCUGCUCAUCCUAGAGGCCAGGUCUUCAUUGUUUUGUUGCUCCUUUAUUAGUAAGAUGGGACAUUUUUGUUCAUUGGCUAUUUUUAUGUCAUCUGGUCUUGCUCAUUUCUUUUCUUUCUUUGUUUUAAUUAUGAAAGUAUAAAUAACUACAGUUAACACCAAAAAAAAAAAAAAAGGUAUAAGAGCAGAGACCAUUUUCUUCAGGGCUUCUGGUUGGUUUCACUUUCCAGUGUACUGUACAUCCAAGUACACAUUUCCAUAUGAAUAUGCAGACAUGUGGACACCUUUUAAAUAAACUGGAUUAUAUAAGGAAUUUUAAGAUAUCUUUGUGUUAAAUAUUCUGGUAUUUAAAUUCCUGUAAAGUGCAUGGUUAGCUACUAGACACUCUACUUAUUCAUCAGUGUAAUCUUCACCAACUCUGAAGAGUGCUCAUCUCCCCACACAGCCUUAUCUACACUUGAUAGUCCUUAUCUGUUUGGGAUGGGGAUAGAGAAAAAAGAAACGGUCCUUACAUUUCUCUGAUGAAUAGUGAAGUUGGAGUUCUUUACAAUUCCCUGCCGGUUGGUUGGUCAUUCAUAGCGUCUACUGCUUUUGUAUGGGGUUAUGUGUGGGUGUCUGUUCUGCAUUUCUCCCUGGAUGUAUGGUAACAGUAUGGUAUUGUGGAUUACCCAUCCCAUACGGCUAUGGUGAGCACACGAGCAGGCUUGGCAUGAGCCAUACAGCAUCCUAGCCACAGUGGUUAGAGAUGAGGCAUACAGUUUAAAGAAGGCUAGGGAGAGUGCUCAACAGAACUGCAAAUACUGGCAAGGUUUUGGAGAUACUGGAGACCCGAGGAUGAUGUGAGCCUGCGUUCUUACUAUAUGGAGAAAAUACUGGAGGAGACAUUGAGGCCAGCAGGGAUGGUGAGAAAACUUAAGUUCUGAUAUUUUUCUGGGGGCCCUAGAUCCAGAUGUGCCUAAAGCCUGCCUUACCUCUGGACUUUAAAGUUUUUUGAGCCAAUAAAGUCCCUUUCUUGUUUAAGAUAAUUGUAUUUGGCUUCUGUCCUGAUUAAUAUAUAGGGUAUUUGUGUUUUCUUACUGAUUUGUAGUAAACCUCUGUAGUUUUAAAUUAUAAACUUCAUGCAUUAUAUAAGCUAAUAAAAUUAGCAUGGCUUUCUGUGAUUUGGGCUCUGUUAA